CUGAUCGUAACUAAAGAAAUGUCUAUGGAACUUCGUUAGAAAGUUCCUGAACGCUUUCAGUUGUGUGCAUUUGCAGGGAUUUUAGUGUAAACAAAUCUUCCUUUUUGCGUUCCUGUUUUUGUAUAAUUAUUUAUUGUUUUUCCUUAUAAAAUGGUGAAACUUAAAGCCGAAGAAAACAAAGUUCGAAUAUUCUUUAAAUCUGUUAUCGUAACAGAGGAGUAUGCAGUGCAGGGAGAUCCACGGAGCUAUCUUGGGGAUCACAAUGGUAAAACUCCUGCAGUGGAAGUCCACUUUGAUGUUCUUGAAGUGGAAGAGAAGGAAAAUCACAAGGAGAUGCCUGUACAGAAGGCGAAGAGGAAAGUAAAGAGAGAUAACCAAAAAAGACCCUACGAAUGCAGCGAAUGCGGGAAAUGCUUCAAAACUCAGGGACAUAGGAAGGAGCAUAUGGCUACGCAUUCAAAGGAAAAGAAAUUCCGUUGCCCCAUUUGUUUCAAGGAAUUUACCUUCGGUACCAAUCUUGGCAGACACAGGCGCACUUCCAAAACAUGCAAGAAAACACCUGAAGAAUAUAAUGAACCAAAGUUACCGACCAAGCCUGAAAACAAAAAGUCCAGAAUGAACAGAGAAGAGAAAAAUUACAUCAUCAUGAUAGAUCCAAGUGUAGUAAAAAAAUCUUUAUGCACUUAAUUCAUCACGUUUAUUUUGCUUGAACAUACUACGUUUACAUCUUAUGAUACUGCUAGUAAUACCGCAGAUAAUUCAGAUGGAUGGAAAUGAUGGAGCUUCUUGCUCUAACAAAAGGAUUGCCGAUUCUGAGGAUGCAAAGAUACAUUUUUGUAAUAAAUAUUUUGGUUUUUAAAUUGA